UGUCAUCUUAUGUACAGAUAUGUAUAUAUGAAAGUUGUGAACGAAGCACUCCACGUACUUCAGGCGAAAAGGAAGUCCGUGUAACUGAUGACUCCUGGAUGCCCGGCCAUAUUCAUCUUGCGACUUCAAAAGAUGGGCGUGGGCAACAAUAGAUGGUCCCAGGAUACAACAAUAGUCGCUGCGAUGGCUAAGGAGUCACUUUUCGGGGGCGAAAGAAAUAAAGGGACCACAAAGCAGAGAAGGGACAAUAGCACCUAAUGGUGCGUUGUGCUGUCAGUUGUGUUGGUGGUGUCGGUGGUGUUGCUGCUGUUGGGUUUAGUGGUGCUGCUGGCCUGGUGGGUGGAUGCUGCCGGUGGUUCCAGUGGUUCCGGCCGGAACAGUGGCCAUGCCAGUGGCGGUGCCAUCGACGGUGUCCCUCAUUUAUCAUUUACACACCAACGCACGGGAAAACAGUCCGAACACGGCCAAAUGAUGGGUUGCUUCUCGCUGCCGGGGAUAGAAAAUCCUCGGUGGAAAUUCCAUUAACGCUUUAUGUCGGCCAUGCGGCACAUCGGCCCGUCAUUUGCAUUGAUUAAAUCACUUUGCGGUCGGCUCGGCAAAUGGUUGGAAAAAUCCCCACCAACUUUCCGCUCAGUUGUUGCGCUCCCCCAAUUUUUAUGCACUUCUGCUGGGUUUACCUCAAAAAUUGCCGAAGUUUUAUUCGACUUUGCACCCAAAAUCUUUUAGCCACGUUGCGUAUCCAUAUUUCCAGUCUUUUGACGGCAAUUUUAAUUUUGGUUCUUGAUUUUGUUGUGAUACAGCGAAAGGUGUUAUUUUGCAUUUCUUUUUAUUGUUUUUCAAUUUACUGCUUCUAGCACGGCUCUUUUCAAAUUGCGAACUUAAUGGGUGGAUACGUUUUCUUCUCACCUAUUACAGCAUUUUUACGGUAAUCCCUGAAUCGUUGCCUUUUAACUUAAUAAGUAUGCCAGUAGAUCUAAUCUUUCUCGAUCCGUUUUUUUAAACGCGAUAGCUGGUCAAGUUGUUCCAAACUUUUAUCGAUCGUUAAACAGUCGAUAAAUCAGUGACUGCUAAUAACAGUCGACCGGGUGGCAACGCCAGGAUAUUAUCAAACAGCUGAUUGAUGGUUGUUUAUUUUCAAUUUGCACGUAACUUUCAAAACAAUCAAAUUUCUUCGGAAAUGAUUAUCCAAAAUAGGAUUCCCCUUAUAGGGCAUAUUUUAAGACGGUGCCAUCAACAAGCGAUUGAAAUAAACGCUAGAAAAGACAACUUAACAGCAUAUUUUGGAAAAUGGCCAGAAACGGAGCAGAAGGAAUUUCGCCAGCAUAUGCGCAUUAUCGCGGAUUUCAUUAGUGAGCCAGAGGAACAGCAGCUUCACGAGGAAAUCGAACCCUAUAUGAGCCGCCUGCGCUACGAGUUCGAUCACUGGGACGAUGCCAUUCACGGUUUUCGGGAGACGGAGCGGAAGAAGUGGUUCCCCAAAAACAGAGAGGUCCUGGAGCGCGUGCGCCAAGUCGCCUUCGAUGGAGCAAUUAUGCCCUAUGUCCACAUCCUGGAUCUUGCGCCCGAUGGCGUAAUCAAGCCCCAUGUGGAUAGCACGCGAUACUGCGGCAACACAAUCUCCGGGAUCAGCUUACUUAGCGACAGUGUGAUGCGACUUGUGCGCACGGAUGAGCAGCGAUACCAACAGCAAUCACCGGGAACUGCAACGCAACCGACAUCCCAGGGGUCAGAGCCCGAUGCAGCUUAUCGCCAUCAGCCGGAGGCGCCUCUGAAGAACAACUUUUACGCUGACAUCCUGCUGCCACGCCGCUCCUUGUACAUAAUGAGCCACACGGCUCGCUACAACUUCACGCACGAGAUACUAUCCAAGGAGCACUCCCAGUUUCGGGGUACGCUGGUGCCAAAGACGCGUCGCAUUUCCAUCAUUUGUCGCAACGAACCCUAAGCGGGGUAUAUGUUUUUCGCUGCGAAUGAAUUUUUGGUGCUGUUGAAAUCUUGUAAAUGAUAAUUGAUUAUUAUUAUUUACUGCAGUCACAAAAGAUAA